AUGUCUUCGAACGAGAACAACAAUACAGACUUCUUCGGCUUCACUGAUCCUAUUGAAGAUACAGACAGUCCGUCCUCAACUAAUCAAGGAUUCACGAAUACAAAUUCAAACACAAAUCUGAACCACAAUACAGCUCCUGGCCCCGUCUUCUUUGGACCAUCUCCUCCACCGAGCCACGUCUUUCAUAACAACCAUGCAGCCACAGCUCCAUCUAUUUUCGGGCAAUAUAGCCAAGAUUUCCAGGGCGGGAACAUACCUGCUCCCCCCUCAUACCUAGAGACACCCUCCAUACCAGCAUCAGCCACCUUUGCUUCGACUCCAGGUCCUUCUCAAACCCCCUUUGGGCAAGCUGGUCCAACCUUGGAGAGCGAGAACAUAUCUAUCUCGCCUUCAUACGAAUAUGAAGAAUCUCCGGAAUUUGAAUCACCACCCACCUUCCCAGCUCCAGUCUUCUUCGGCCCACCUCCUCCACCACCCAUACCCGUCGUCAACGCCCUUCCAGCGAACAACCUGGCCCAGAACCCUCAACCCCCUUCCGUAGGCGAAUUUGCCCAUGUGAACCACUGGGCUCUACCACAUUUGGUCAUUGGAACCCCGAACCCCCCGCCGCAGGGUCCCCAAAACCCCCCUAACCCAGUCGAAGGGUUCGGCGGGCUCAACAUCCAAGGCGUCUCCGCGCAGCCUGAUGAUGAGAGCGAAGAUGAAGACAUGGACAUGGACAUGGAUCCCUCCGCCGAGGGCCUCGACUUCGGCAACUCAGACGAGGACUACAGCGAAGACUCAGACUUCGAAUACGACUACGUCGACGAGAACGACAAUCCCGUACCUCCUCCCAAGCUCCCCAAAAACGCCGCCAUAAAAGCCCUCAUGAACUCCAACCGCGCGCGCGACGCCGCCAUGCCCGAUACCGACGACGACGACGACUUCCCCGAGAUGGAAGAAAUCCCAAACGCCAACGGCGACGACGACGAGGACUCAGACUGGGAGGACGAUCCAACGGGCUACCAAGACCCUGCCGACCCCCGCGCCGCCGCCUUCGCCGGGCCCUCAACAAGCACUGCUUUCCCAGCCCCCGCCACUGUCCCCUCCUUCACAAGUAUAACAACCAACCCCCUCACACCCCUCGGCAUCCUCCCCACCACCUCCCAACUAACCCAAAGUCUCAAGCGCGCGCGCUCCCCCUCGCCCACACCCUCCUUCGAACAAACAGCAACAGCAACAGCAACACCAACCUCCCCCCUCCUCACCAAGAAACCCCGCCUCACCCCCUCCACCCACUCCCCCUUCGAAGUCCUCGCCUCCCACCCCGAACUCUACUUCGAGCUCUGCGCCCACCUCCCCCCCUCCUCCCUCCUAACCCUCUACUCCACCUCCCGCCUCUUCCACACAACCCUCAACACGCACCUCACGCACGCCCUCAAGACCUGCGCGCGCGCCUUCGCCCCCCUCGCCUCCCGCAUCUGCAGACACGGUAUGUACUCCACGCUCUGCAUCCCCGACCCCCUCGGUCGCCGCGAGCCCACCAACUGGGCGUUAGUUCGUCAGGUUCCCAGUUUCCGCUGGCUGGCAAUGGUAGUCCACCGAGAGAGGUGCGUUAGGGAUAUCCUCGCCUGCUUAGCUAGGGAGGGACAUCGAUUACCGAAGUCAACGAGGGAGACGCUGUUGAAGACGUGGGUGGUGAUGGAUGUUGCCACGACGGCGGGGCGGAUUUGUUUAGUCCAUAAUGAGACGUGGUGGACUGAUGUGGAUUGUUGGAAUGCGCAAGCGUGGGUGCUGAAGCUGGGGAUGAGGCUUAAUGAGCCUAUGACGGGGGUUGGGGAUGAUGGGCUUGUGAGGGUUAUGUUGGGACAGCGCGGACUUUCUCCAUUAUGGAGAUUAUUGAUGCGAAAGGGGUUUACGAAUGCAGUUGAGGUAUUGCGCGCCGCAGUACGAUACUGCUAUGAAGUCAAGCCUGAGAACUCGGGGAUGUCUAUCUUCGGAGUCUCUCCCGCGGAGAUCGGGAAAUUGCAUCUUGAGGGCUGGGGAGAGGGGAAGAUCCAUCUGUUUCGUAUCGAUGAAUUGGUGAUGAGGGAGUCGGUGAGGAGAAGGUUGAGGCUGGAUGAUCAUCUCCUUUACAUGAUGUUAUGGGGCCAUGUGGACCCAGUUACGGGGAGGGAUAUCAAACCGAGUGAUGAGGAAAUGUAUAUGAGCGACUCCGAGGACGAGGAGAGAGCGAUUGGAGCGAGGCUUAGAGCAGAACGGAAGAAGGAGAGCGCGGAGAGAAAGGCCGAGAGAGCGAGGUUGAGGAAAGAACGCGCGGAGCAUGGAUUUGGGGGCGGGGAUACGGAGAUGGGAGAAGAAGGCGAUGAAGACGAUAAAGAAAACCAGCGACCCAGACUAGACAAAGGAAAAGGAAAAGGCAGAGAGCUGCCCGAGGUUGAAUCCGACACCACAGACUACUCAACCGAUCUCGAAGACGCCGUGGAUGAGUGGCGCGGAAUCGAGAUCGAUGACGAAACGGCCUGGGAGACGGAGGAUGAGGAUAUGGCGGAGGCGAGUCUGUUUAAUGAUUUACGUGAUGCGGGGGCGGUGGGACCGAGUGGGUGGAGGAGGAAGAGGGGGGGGGAGAGUGAGAGUGAGAGUGAGGGGGAGGAGGGGGAUGAUGAGGAGGAUGGAGAGGAUGAUGAUAGUGAUUGGGAUUAG